AUGGAGCACCUCGGGGCUCACCACCUGCACCAAGGGCAAGCCGAGCCCAUCAGCUUCGGCAUCGACCAGAUCCUCAACACGUCGGAGCCGGGCAGCUGCAUGGUGUCGCACCCGCGGCUGCAGGACUCGGCGGACUACGGGCUGGGCUGCAUCGUGGGCAGCGCCUAUAACACGGUCACGGGUGGCUACGGGGCGAGCGGCGGCGCGGCCGGCGCCUACACCGGCACCUCCUGCAGCAUGGGCGGCCUGCCCGGCUCCUACAACGUGAACAUGGCGGUGAGCAUGAACGGCAACACCUUGAGCUCGGCCGGUGGGGUGAUCCGCGUCCCGGCCCAUCGCCCCGUGGCCGGCGGCGUCCACCAGCCACUCUCCGCCGCCGUGCCAGCAGUGAACGGCAUGAACAGCCUCACGGGGCUCACCUUCCCCUGGAUGGAGAGCAACAGGCGGUACACAAAAGACAGGUUCACAGUGGCCCUCUCACCCUUCACUGUAACACGCCGUAUAGGUCACCCCUACCAGAACCGCACGCCCCCCAAGAAGAAGAAGCCACGCACCUCCUUCACCCGCCUGCAGAUUUGCGAGCUGGAGAAGCGCUUCCAUCGGCAGAAAUACCUGGCCUCGGCCGAGCGCGCUGCCCUGGCCAAGGCCCUCAAGAUGACGGACGCCCAGGUGAAGACCUGGUUCCAGAACCGGCGCACCAAGUGGAGGAGGCAGACAGCGGAGGAGCGGGAGGCUGAGCGGCAGCAAGCAAACCGCAUCCUCAUGCAGUUGCAGCAGGAAGCCUUCCAAAAAACCAUCAACCAGCCCAUCCAAGCCGACCCCAUCUGUGUCCACAACUCCUCUCUCUUCGCCCUCCAGAAUCUGCAGCCUUGGUCUGAUGACUCCACCAAGAUCACCAGUGUCACCACUGUCGCCUCUGCUUGUGAAUAAGUGUGGCACCCACUGGUGGCACGUACACCUGCUGGCACAAGGCAUCCUUGGUCGGACAUGUAGCAGCUCUGUUCCUCCCUGAGGAGGGCUGGAAACCCUGAUCCUCUGGCCACAUGCAUCCUAUGUAUCCAGCUGGGGAAACCCUCCACAAGGAACAAAAAGAAGGAAAGCCACCCCAAAAACUCUCCUCAGCCAUGGAGUUGGUGGAGCAGCAAUGCUGUCUCACCUCCCCCCAACCCCUUUGUUCUUUUGAAAGUCUCCAGUGUCGACCCUGAACUUGCUGACGUGUUGCCAGACAAAAGCCCAUUCCUGACAGACACAGCCGCCGGUGUUCAUCCAGCUGGGACAGAGGAAAACUUCCUUAGGAUUCUUCUGGCAGCAGUGCUAAUUCU